GAGUCCUUGCUGCGUGAGAUCAAGAUGAUGCGUCAAAUCACCUGCCAGCAUGUUAUGGCCGUCAGAGGGAUCUUCAAGGGUCGAACGCCCUCCUCUGGCGGGUCAACACAGCUUGGUGUGGUCAUGGAUCUCAUGGAGAGAGGAUCAUUGGCCUCCCUACAGGAAGCAUUGACGGGAACUCCACCCUGGCCGCUGGUCUUCAGACUGGCUCACCAAGUGGCUCUGGGUAUAAACUACCUCCACAGUCUGCCCCGUCCUGUGCUCCACCAGGACCUGAAGCCCCAAAACGUGCUGCUGGACGACUUUCUCAAUGCCAAGCUACAUAGCAGAUAUCAUUCAUCCCCACGUAGCUCCCAGGUCCCUCAGAUCCUCCAGCCAAGGCCUCCUCCAUGUCCCACGGUCCCGGCUUAA